CUAUUCAAUCUCACACGCGCUAAACUUUAACGCGAUAUUACUAAUGACGAACUACGGUGCGAUUCCGACUUCGUCUCAUGCAUCUCCGGCGGUGGAUCAUGAGUCCUUCUCACGCGCCAAGCACCGUAUCAAAGCCGGACUAGCCACGCGCCGUCCUUGGAGAGUGAUGUUCGAUUUCCACUCCAUGGGACUACCUCACAGCGUCUCCGAAGCUUUCACAAGAAUCAAGACCAAUCUUGCUUACUUCCGUAUGAACUACGCAGUCGUUGUCUUGAUCGUUAUCUUCUUCAGCUUGAUCUGGCAUCCGACCUCGCUCAUCGUUUUCACCGUCUUGGUCGCUGUUUGGAUCUUUCUUUAUUUCCUCCGUGACGAGCCUCUCAAGCUGUUCCGAUAUCAGAUCGAUGAUCGGACGGUCUUGAUUGUUUUAUCGGUGUUAACCGUUGUUCUACUUCUGUUGACCAACGCGACGUUUAAUAUUGUUGGAGCGCUUGUGACCGGAGCUGUGUUGGUUUUGAUACAUGCGGUGGUUAGGAAGACGGAGGAUCUUUUCUUGGAUGAAGAAGCGGCGACGACUGAGACUUCUGGGCUGACGUCAUACCCGUCGACUUAAACCGAUUAUUCUCGAACUUUGUGUUUUUUUUUUUUGUAUAUUAUCUUUGUUUUUUUAAUAAUCAUUUUUAUGUGUU